AUGGGAAGACGUAGAGAUAUUUCUGAAUUAUGUAAUGAGAGAUUCCAAGAUGACCAUGAUAAACCUGUUUCUGAACAUCAUUACUGGGAAAGUAAAUCAUACUCCAAGACCUAUUUUAAAAACAAGUCUCUUUAUUUAAAAUUUAGGUAUUAUGACUCCACCAGUGUUUUGAAAUUCCUUUUCUUUCACUGGGUAGCUAAAUGGGCAUUUCUUCUUUCCAAACAAUAUGUAGAGCCAUAUAAGUUACAUCCACUUCCUGUUGCUGACCAAAUUUUACAUUGGUAUCCAAUUUUUUCAAAGAACCUUAGCGAUGGUCUACUAAGUCUGGAAUCAUAUGAAACUAGCCAAUAUGGAGACUCAAAUACCAAACCACCUAGAUCUGUUCUCCUUCGUGCAUUGUUAUUGACAUUUUGGAAACGAACAUUAUUUGGUUUACUUGGCAUUGUGGUUACUAAUGUACUUAGUAUGAGCAUUGCAUUACUUGUCAAGCAUCUACUUGAUACAUUAAACACUAAGUCGUUUACUCUAGCUAAGAUAUUUUUGUUUCUAUUCUCUAUAAUAGGAUUACAAAUUAUAGAUGGAUUAUUGAUCGAGAACUUCACUUUUUAUCUAAAUAGACUAAGGCUUAUAUGGGAAUAUUCAGUAGCAGUAGGUGUGUUUCAACAUGGCUUAUCUCAUAGGCGCAACUUCAAUAAUAAUAUUAAUGGAUCAAACUUCUUGAACGUUUGUAACAAUGUCCUACAUAGUUGUUCCCCUGAUUCUGAUUGUUCAAAAAAUCCUUUGUAUUGUCCUGCCAGGCGUUUCCAAAACAAAGAUAUUACUCCUAACAUAUUCACGUUUGAGUAUAAUGAUUCAUUCUACAUCUCAAUGUUUUUAGAAUCCGCAGUACCAAUUGUCAAUUUUUUGUCCAACUUCAUUUAUGGAGCUGUAUUAAUUUCGACUCAGAUUAAGAUUAAUGUAUGGGUCCUGUUCUUAGUUGGAAUAUUUUUCACAUUCUUGCUGAUCGUUGUUGAGAUCAUAAAUACUUACUUGCUUCACUUUGUCUGUCUUAUAAAGGAUUAUAGGAUUUCAGAAUGUAUUGAAAUUAUAUCUGAGUUACCUCUGAUCAACAAAUUACUUUAUGAUGAUAUUGCCAUUAACACCAUUACUGAGACUAGGAAUAGUGAACUAAUGUUAAUUUUGGUUAGAAUAUUCUUAACGGCGUUCAAUAAGUCCUUGUGUGUUAUAUGCAACAAUGUGACGUUUUUUGUCUUGAUGAGUUAUUUUGUAAAAUCAGUUAGAGAUGCAGAAGUUAUUAAAGAUGUUGACGUUGGAGGUUUCUUGUCAUCAUUUUACAUAUUUUUCAGGAUUAUCAACUCAAUGUUCAUGUUACCUUAUGCACUAUUUAGAUUAGCCACUUCAUAUGUAUCAUAUAACAGAGUUAAAAAAUUCCUUAUCGAUUGUUCUCCUAACUUUUACAUUAGUGAUAACAAACACACAGGCUCCACAAAUAUGUCAUCCGUACUUCCAGAUGUAACUAAAGAGAUUGACAAGGAUGUCGUAGUUUUGUAUAAGGAUGCUUCUUUCUCAUGGGUCAACAACAGGAAGGAUUUUGCUAAUAAGAAUAAUGAGGUUUAUUUGAAGAAUGUUAAUUUCCAGCUUAAGAGGGGUGAAAUUGCAAUAAUUACAGGUACUCAAGGUUGUGGUAAAUCUAACUUUAUCAAGUCUGUACUGGGUGAAAUGACACUAGUCAGUGGUUCAAUGGCUGUAGUUCCUCUCCAUACAUCAAUGCCUAUAUUUUAUGCUUCUGAAUAUAUAUGGCUAAAAGAAGGAACCAUUAGAUCAAACAUUACAUUUGGACAUAUAUUUGAUCAGGAUAUAUAUAACUCAGUCAUCAAGGGGCUUGAACUUGAAUCUGAUAUAUUAUCUUGGGAGAGAGGUGACUUCAGAGUGGUUUCAGAUAAUGCUCAUUCACUCAGUUGUGGUCAGAGAGUUAGGAUGGAGAUGGCUAGAGCCAUUUAUGCCUAUCUCAUAUUUAGUAAAGUUAACAAGGAUUAUAAUAGCCAAUGUUCAUUCUUGAUGUGCCUUGAUUCACAAUUCCAUGGAUUAGAUCCAUAUGUUUCUAGAACUGUAUUCCAUAACCUAUUCAAUUCUAAGACUGGAUUGCUUGUUAAGGAUGAUUUAGCUGUUAUCCUUUCAUCAUCAAUAACAUUGCUUAAUAAAUGUGUCUCACCAUCAAAAUUAACUGAAUAUCACAACAUUCCCAUAUACGAGAUUGAUAAUAAAUACGUUUAUUUCUAUUGUUAUUUGUCUGAUUUCUUUAGGGACAAAAAAACACCGAACGGUUUUGAAUAUAUCACAUCACCAUCAGUUCCAUACAAGCUAAAUUUCUUCACUAAGGAUUUACUAAAAUUAUGUUAUUCGGGUUCCACCACCAGUUUAUUGAGGAAUUAUGUAACGAAAUCGAAGUACAGACGUUCACUAACAUCUAUCAUCCAAGAAUGUUAUGCCAAUGAUAAAUUUAAUCCAUACCUAGUAUAUUUCAAAGCAGCUGGUUUUGCCUUUGUUUUGUUCAUAAUCUUUUCGCUGGCAUCAAGCGUUAUGGACAACUCCAAAUUCAUCCUCGCAACUGAUCUUACAGAUUAUAUGUUCAAGAAAACAGCUGACUAUGAAGAUGGAGUCUCAGUUGACAUGUCAGAAGUUAGAUCACACAGCGAUUCUGCCCUGAACGUAAUGUUGAUCAUUGUCUCAGUUAUUGUAGGCGGUUCCUUAAUAUCAAUAUUAUUUUUCACAUUUUCAACUCUAAUGGCAUCUAAAAAGAUUCAUGAAUAUUGUCUUUCUUCAGUGUUUAAGAAUAGUUCAUCAGUAAUCAAAAUCAAGAAACAGAUUAACCAAAUUAUAACUUAUUUUUCAUCAGAUAUUAUUUUUAUUGAUCAAUAUAUUGGAGAUAUGAUUUUCACCACUUUCUUGUCAUUCAUUCAGACUGCUAUUUCCAUUGGAACACUAUUCUAUACAAUUCCCCUAUCAAUUCCAUUUAUUUUUGUAUCAUUGGUAUUGGCCUUUGAAUUUGUGGCAUUUAAGAUUAUUAAGUCAUUUAAGAACAUUCAACUGGGAUCACUAGAAACUAUGUCACAAAUUAACACAUCUUGUGAGGAUGCUAUACUGGGAUCACCCAUUUACAGAAGUUUUAAAAAGGAUUGGGAAUUGAUUAACGAUAUUAUCGAAAGAAAUGAUUACAAAACAAGAUGUUGGUAUUUGGCAACAUCUUUAGGAAGCUGGGCUUCAGUUCUGUUUAAUUGGUUAUUCUCUCUUACAACAGCUCUAUUCCUCACAGCUCUAAUCAUAUUUGAUAAGUUUACAAACUACAAAAUGAAUGUUGGUUACUUUGGAUUAGGUCUAUCACUGAGUAGCAGUGUUAUUAAAUCAUUCAACAAUUGUUCCUUUUGUUUCGCUAGGUUACAAGUUUUUAUAUGUUCACUUCGAAGAUUCCAGUGCUUUAUUCCACCUGGCACUAAGUAUGUAUUUGAUAAGUUCCGUAAUGUUAAUGAAGAGGAUAUAGUUAUUAAUUCUAGCAAACUUGAGGACCAAGUGAAUAAAAAGAUGUUACUUAAGAGAAGAGCACUUGAAUUCAAAGAGACUAAACCCAAUUUAAUAAAGAGGAUGCUUUACAAUCCAAAAAUUAACAUUACUGAUAUUUGCAAAUAUCUUCCAUCUGAACAUAGUGGUGUAGUUUUGAAGCAUCUUUGUGUGUAUACCACAUCUGAGAUGAAUGAGGAAGGUCUUAUCCUCAAUAAUAUAAAUGCAUCACCAUCUAGGUCAGAUAUUAUUGGUAUCAUUGGAAGAACUGGAGCUGGUAAGACAACUCUAUUAUCUGUUCUACAAAAUACCGUAAGGCAUAGAUCUGGUCAAGUAUUGCUGGAUGGCAAAGAUUUACAAGACAUUCCCAAGAGUCUCAUUAGGCAUGUUAUUGGUGUACUUCCUCAGCUUCCAUUUGUUUUCAAGGGUUGGACUAUUAGAAGGUUCUUGGAUCCAAGGAGACUAUUUACAGAUGAUGAAAUUAAUGAAGCUCUGGAUAAUUGUGGUCUCCUUGAGUUUGUUAAUAACCUUCAUGGUGGAAGAAAACUAGAUACUAUAAUUAUGCCCAAACCCCUAAAAUUGAAGAAGACCAAAGACCAAUCAGAAUCCUUUAACAAGGGUAAGGAGCCUUUCUCUGAAGAAAGUUCAAUGACAUUAGAUGACCUUAGCUCAGUAGGUACUAUGUUAUCCGUAACUCAGCUCAGAACACUUUGGUUUGCCAAACUAGUAUUAUACAGACAUCUCUAUAGGAUGUUAAUCAUUGAUGAACCUCCAUCUGAUAACAUUUCAGAAGACGGAUCUGAGGUUCAAGAUAUUGGAAUACCCAUUUACGAGUUAUUGGACAAAUAUUUCAAACAUUGUACAUGUUUUGUUACUGCACAUUAUGCCAAAGUCCUUAAAUCUUGUACAUCAGUUUGGGUAAUGCAUAAUGGUAAACUUAUAAAGACAUGUAAGGCCUCAGAAGUAUCCAAAAAUGAAUCGAUAUCAAACAUCAUAGAGGAGAUGGUCAAUAAAUAUUCAAACUAA